UCGAACGAAGUGAAAUCAGCUGUUCGUUUGUUGUGAUCGAGAGUCACCUUUAUCGCGUACACGCGUGCACACGUUUCACCACAUUGCGUAUGAGAUUUUAUUCGAAGCAAAAAAUCGUCGACCGAUGACGACUUUCUUUUACUAACAAAUCAUCGAUCACGAAAGUAAAAACAGUAGUGUAAAAUAAAUGCAAAAGUGUUCGAUUUAAGGAAACAUGGCAAAAAUAUUCACGCCAACUAAUCAAAUUCGGUUAACGAACGUGGCCGUCGUUCGGAUGAAAAAGGGGGGCAAAAGAUUCGAAAUUGCCUGCUACAGAAACAAAGUCGUUUCCUGGAGAAACAAGUUGGAAAAAGACAUCGACGAAGUUUUACAAACACACAGUAUUUUCACGAACGUAUCAAAGGGUCAAGUAGCGAAAAAAGAAGAUUUGAUAAAGGCUUUUGGUAAAGAAGACCAGACAGAAAUAUGUAAAGAGAUUUUAGCGAAAGGAGAACUGCAGGUAUCGGACAAAGAGAGGCAUUCUGCAUUGGAUUCCAUGUUGAAGGACAUAGCUACAACUGUGGCUGACAAAUGUAUAAAUCCUGAAACCAAAAGGCCAUAUCCUGUGUCGAUGAUAGAAAAAGCGAUGAAAGAUGUUCAUUUUUCUGUCAAGCCAAACAGAAAUGCAAAGCAGCAGGCAUUGGAUGUGAUACCUCAAUUAAAAGCGAUAAUGCCAUUGGAAAGGGCUCAGAUGCGAGUAAGAGUGUCAACAGGGGGUAAAGAAGCGACAAAGCUGCGAGACAAAAUUGUCAAAAUGUCAACCAGGGUAGAGAGCGAAAAUUGGGAAAGUGGAAAUUUAAAUUUAACUUGUUUGAUUGAUCCUGGACAAUAUCGUGAGAUUGAUCAACUUGUUAGAUCCGAGACAAAGGGCAAUGGAAUAUUGGAACUUUUGAAUCUGCGUGAAGUCAUUGAAGGUGAAGAAGUUUUGGAGUGAAUGAGAGAAAAAAUGGAAAAGUAUUGAAGCAUUACAAUAAAACGACUUGGAAAAUAAUCAAAUUGACAGGGAACCUCACAAAUUUGGAAAGAAACUGUUUUUGAACACCACUGACCCUGGGAGAUUUGUGUAAUGAUAUAUUCAGACACAGAAGUGAUAGAAAAAACAUUGGACAUUUUUGAGCUUGACGUUUAUGCACUGGAAUACUCGAGAUCUCGUUGAUGCCGCCACGAAUAAAUUCCAGCGAGCGUAUCCAACAAUAUAUACAUAUAGUACAUUAUAAAUAAAUAAGUAGUACACGAGAGGAUAAUAGCUACGUGGCUCGAGUUGCGUAAUCUCGUGAAGCACAAUUACGUACUAUUAAUGUCUAGUUUAACAUUACGAUGAACUAGUCCCGGUACUAUUUUUACAGGAUCCGAAACAUCAUUUCUUCGUCGAUCUCAAUGAUCCUUCUGACAUCCACUUACAUAUAUAUCUCUAUAAAUAAAUGAAUAUGCGAGAUA